CCGCAUCAUCCAGCCGCGCGCCGCGUCGGCGGGGUUCAAACCCGGAAUACUCCUAAAGAGAGACAUAUCGAAACGAUGGAUCUGCUGUCUUGCACAAGACUUAGAGGACACUUACAACCGGCUGUGUAGUUUUUCUUUUUGUUCGCUUUUUUCCUGAUUUUUCCUUCCAGUGGAUUUAUCAUGCGGACUUCGUCCUAACAGCGGAGCGGAGCUGACCUGCCGAGGCGCAGCCGGGACUUCGGGUUUUUGUUUAUAAUUUUUUUUUUUAUGGUGAAGCCGGUCCCCAUCGUUAACUUAAAAACAUGAUACUAACACAGAUUGAAGCCAAAGAGGCUUGUACCUGGCUCCGGGCUGCAGGCUUCCCACAGUAUGCGCAGCUAUAUGAAGAUGUACAGUUUCCCAUUGACAUUUCUUCAGUCACCAGAGACCAUGAUUUCCUCGAUCGGGAUGCCAUUGAGGCUCUCUGCAGGAGGCUGAACACGCUCAACAAGUGUGCUCUAAUGAGACUGGAGAUUUCACCACAGAGAAAAAGAAGCGAGGACUCGGAUGAGGACGAGCCUUGCGCUAUCAGCGGCCGCUGGACCUUCCAGAGGGACAGCAAGCGUUGGUCUCGUAUGGAGGAGCUGGAGGUUUUCUCCUCGCUGCCGACAGAUGCUCCCCAGGCCUCUUUUCCCAAGGACCAAGUAUCCCAGAAGGGCAAACUUGCCCUGCGGGAGGGCAACAGCUCAGAAAGUGUGCUGACCGACCUCAGUGAGCAGCCGGAAGUGAGCUCCAUUCACAGCAGCGGGAGCGUCGGGAGAGGAGAGGAGAAGGUCCAUGGUGCCAGUGUGGCGAACGAAGCCGCACCCGCCGGCGCCACCCGGGCGAGCUCAGUGGCGAGCAUGUGUUCAUCAUCAGGCACAGGGGGAUCAGGAUGCGCUAACGAGGACUCUUUGUCUGAUGGGUUGCCCCCAUCUCCCCUGGAGACACUCAGACAGUUCACUUUUGACAUGAAAACUGGGAUGGUGGGACUCGGAGGAAGCCUGGACCGAGGAGGCGGCAGUGGCAAAAGUACUCGUUCAAGAGCUAAGAGCUUCCUCAAGAGGAUGGAGAGUCUACGGCUUCGGAGUGGGUCGGCCUCGAAGAGAAAGAAGAAGGGAAGCACGGGCGGAGGGAAAAUAGAGAUUAGCGGUCCUGUCAUCAAAGAGGGUCUGGACGAUGACAAACUGCGGAGGCUCAACUGUGUGGACAUCUCCAGCAUCAACCUCAAUCAGAACCUCAAUCACCACCGCAAUCCCACCCAGACGAUGACGCUGAACCGCAACCGCUCCGUGUCCUACUCCACUCAGACCAGCCACGGAAGCACCGGGAGCACCGGCAGCAGCCAGUCUGAAGCCAGCAGUGGAAGCGCAGUGAGCACGCCCAGUCCGGUGACCCGAGCUCGCAGCCACAGCACGGCGGCAGGCUCAAGCAAGAGAGGAGGAAUGUAUCUGGAGGGUUUCGAUCCCUUCAGCGUUCUCCCGCAGGGCUCAGAUCAGCAACCGUCGUCUGCGCCCAAAUCGGCCCCGCCCAUUCCCUGCAAAGCUACUAAUGGAAUCACAAUUGAUGAGCAAAACCGCAGGAACAACUGCAGUGUCCAAGAAGGCAAUGGACAGGCAGAAGAAGAAGAGGAUGGGGAAGAUGACGGCAUGAUCUUCUUCUAUUUACCAGAGGGCCACAAGCCUGGAACCUUCCCCAAAGCCCUGCAGGAUGGGAGUUCACGCAAUAACAAUGGGAAUGAUAAUGGGAACUCAGUGAUCCUCAGGGGGCGGCAAAGCAGACGCCAUCGUCGCGGCUCCUCAGGCUCAGUCGACAGCCGACUGAGCUUUUAUGACAACGUCCCCUACACUGAGCGGGAGGAGGGCGAGGAAGAAGAGGGGGAUGAGCGCAAAUUAGAAGAAGUGCUUCAGCACGUCAGCGGUCUCCAGCGUUUCGUUAACGCCUGGACAGAGGCCGUGGCUGGCGAAGAGGAAGAAGAAGACGAAGAUGAAGAGGAAGAAGGCGAUUCUGAUUCUGCACUGGACUCGGCGUCUCCAUGCCCGUCCUCGCCGCUGCAAAACCGACUGGAGGAGACUGAGAAUGGAAGUGACCAAGACAGCACAGGAAACCCCCUGGGCGAGGGAGAGGAAGGCAUGAGGGAGAGGAGAGACUCCGGCGUUGGGGCAUCCCUAACUCGAACCAGCAGACCUCAGAAACUCCGCUGGCCGAGCUUCCAGAACUCCCAUCGGCCAAGCCUGGCCUCUGCCCAGCUCCAGAUCAGCUGCCAGUCUGUGCUGCAGAUGAAUCUGCUCCAAAAGCUCUCCCUUCUGCAGCUCACCGCUCUGCUGGAGAAGCACACUCCUACAAACAAACAUGGCUUCAGUUGGGCUGUGCCAAAGUUUAUGAAGCGGAUCAAGGUGCGCGACUACAAAGAUAGGAAUGUGUUUGGAGUGCCACUGCAAGUCAUCGUCCAGCGGACAGGCCAGCCGCUCCCUCAAGGCAUUCAGCAGGCCAUGCGUUAUUUACGCAGUCAAUGUCUCGACCAGGUGGGUCUCUUCAGGAAAUCGGGAGUGAAAUCUCGUAUCCAAGCUCUUCGUCAGAUGAACGAGGCGAGCGGCGCGGACGGCGGAGGCGUCAACUACGAGGGCCAGUCGGCAUAUGAUGUUGCCGACAUGCUGAAGCAGUACUUUAGAGACUUACCCGAACCUCUUCUCACAAGCAAGCUGUCUGAGACCUUUCUCCAGAUCUAUCAGUACAUGCCCAAAGAGCUUCGUCUUCAGGCGGCCCGUGCCGCCGUGCUGCUGCUGCCGGACGAGAACCGAGAGGCGCUGCGGACUCUCCUGUGCCUGCUGAGCGACGUGACGGCCAGCGUGUCCGAGAACCAGAUGACUCCCACCAACCUGGCCGUCUGCCUGGCCCCCUCCCUCUUCCACCUCAACACGCUGCGCCGGAAGGAGAGCUCCUCGCCCAGGGUGAUGAACCGGAAACAAACACUGGGAAAGCCAGACCAAAGAGACCUGAAUGAGAACCUGGCUGCCACUCACGGCCUGGCGCACAUGAUCCAGGAGUGCAGGAAACUCUUCAGGAUCCCAGAAGAGAUGAAUCGGUGCAGGAACUCCUACGUGGAGCAGGCGCUGCUGCCGCAGCGCUUGGAGGAGCUUGCCGGCGAAGACGCCAAUCAAGGAGGCUACAAAGCCUACCUGCAGGACAGCCUGGACACUCUGCUCAAGGAGGCCAAAGACAAGUUCAAAGGCUAUGACAGCUGCUCCACGCCUGAACACGCCGAACUUGCCUACAGGAAGGUGCAUGAUGGGUUUCCACUGCGGCAGUGGAAGGUGACCGUGGAGAUUCCCGCAAGUCCCGAGGAGGUUCUGACCCGGGUGCUGCGAGAGCAGGGCCACUGGGAUGAAGACCUGCUGGAGAGCCGGGUGGUGGAGACCCUUGACGAGAGGACGGAGAUCUACCAGUACGUCAGAAACACGAUGGCUCCGCAUCCCACCAGGGACCACCUCGUGCUCAGGACGUGGAUCACAGACCUGCCAAAGGGAGCCUGUGCUCUGGUGUGUUCAUCAGUGGACCACGACGGCGUGUCUGUGGUGGGCGUCCGAGUGAAUGUCCUGACUUCACGCUACUUCAUUGAGCCCUGUGGAGCCAACAAAUCCAGACUCACACACAUUUCCAGAAUCGACUGCAGGGGUCGUUUUCCAGAGUGGUACAAUAAACUUUAUGGACACUUGUGUGCUACGGAGGUGGCGCGGAUACGGGACUCCUUCUCAGUGACCAUGGACAAAUGAGAAAGCGAUACUUGGAUUCCUGGAACGAAUUGAUUUGUUCCACCUUAGUCAGCAAGCUUGAUGUUUUAAAACCUCUUUUCUCUCACAUUUAAAUGACAACACCUGAAUCCUGGAUUGAAGGACUUUUUUCUUUUUUUUUUUGGGGGGGGGGGGUGGGGGUCGGGGGGUCAAAGCGAAAAGGAUUGAUGUUGGGUUUAAUAGUUCUGUUGGGACUCAAUUCACAGAAACUUUUAUCUGGGCCAGAAGCCACGAUGCUGAUACUGGACGUGCGGUUUAACUUGAUCCAACAGAUGGUUUAGCUUCUGAGAAGCACGGGGGACUCAACAUGUGCACAAAUAUGUAACUGUGUGUGUCUGUGUGUGUGCGUGAGUGCGUGCUUGCAAAGCAACAAAUGGUCAAUAUAUAUAUAUAGAUAUGUCAUACUGGUUCUCAGUUACCAAAUAAUCUGUACAUAUAAUAUUCUCUUCACACAGUUGUGGUCGAUGUGUGUCUGGUGUUACCUCUGUCUGUUUUUCUGUUACAUCAAAGUACAGGAGGAAUAAUAUACAAUAUGACGGUAAGCUAACUAAUGAGUGAGUGGGUGCAGAUAGAUGUGAACGUGCUGUUAAUAUGCAGACUGAGUGGAGACAAUAGACAGGAUAUUGUUAGAUGACAGGUGGCUGAUAGCAUGGAGGGUUUUUUUCUUUCUUUCUUGGCAAAGGCUGGUGGCUGGCUCACCAAACAGAAAGGAGCAAUCAAAGAGAAGUCUUUGUUUACUGACAAACAAAUAGAGAUGUAUUGUCUCGUCAUUCCUUCGUGAAGAAUUUAAUCCGUCUCGCCUCAGUGUGUCAGGAGCUUUAUUUAAAAAGUUGUUUGUUCUUGAACAUUUGCAGGCAGAAUAGAUUUCCAUGAGAGUGAUGAGCAUUGUGCCAAAAUCCUUAUAAUCACUGACUUCAACAGUACGAGAGAUGAUGAGAAGCUCACAGGGAGACACUAAAACCCAACACCAAUAAUUCUAAUGGGCCAGAAAGGAAUGAAUGAAUGGAUUCAGAAAGAAGUAGGUUUUUCUCACUCAUUCACAAGUUAGAGGUUGUUUUGGUCAGAGCACUGCAUGAAAGAUGGUUUUUAAAGUUGUUUUAGGCCUGAAUUCACCUAUAUGUUGAAAAAAAAAAACCUAAAAUACAGAUUUUAUAGUUGUUUUCAUGCAUACAAAAACAGAAAACUUGGAU